UUCUUGCCGCGACAUUUUGUACGGAAAGCUAAUCGAAAGUCGAGUUCCUGCGAGAAAAAACGCUGCAUUUCCAAUGGUUUCUAAAGUGAACGCAGUCUUUCGUCAUUUAUUUGGGUCUGAGAGACAUCAAUCCAGUUCUGGAUCGAGAAAACGUCCUUCAGAAAGCCUCGAUGAUGUGAGUCAAGACAUCCUUGAGACACCCCGACCAAAAAGGGCCAGGAAUUCCAUUCAUGCAGAUGACUCGAGUCGGUCUCGAGCGACCACUCCCCUCGUGAAAGUAGCCAAUUGGAUUCAUCAGAAGGCCUCCACCUUUGGGGAGACGUACUUCUUCCGUCCUGUGGGAAACCUGGUACAGAAUACCUAUCCCUCACCGAUUCCAGGAACAUCAGAUGGCAACCAUCUGCAGCAUUCACAGGUCAUGAGUGAUACACCAGGUGAGCCAGUAAAGAGUAAACAUGUGAACACAAAUCAACCUGUCAAAGUAGACUUCAAACAACCAGAUGGAAUACCUCAUCAUAAAUCAGCUUCUAACACAAGUCAGCACCAACUCAAGCAGCAACCCCACCACUCUCAUAACAAUGGACGGCAGUUAGAGAGAGACAGCAUGCAGGGGAUAGGGGGAACAAGAACAGUGUCAAAAGAACAACCUCCUAACAAAAGUUCAACGUCCCACCUUGGGAACUCAUCUAUGUCGACCACCAAGCAUGGUUGCUCAUCUGUGGCUGCCACCGGUCUGUCCAAGCAUGGUAGCUCCUCUAUGGCUGCCACUGGUCUGUCCAAGCAUGGUAGCUACACCCCUGUCAGGGAUAAGCUGUUCCCACAUCCCAAGAGAAGAGUUGUACUUACUCAGGCCUCUAGAGGACAUCCUCACAUACCAACCAACACACAAACGGUCAACGAGUGUGUAAGGUUAAAAGAGAGACAGCAAUACAAGCAGCUAUUGGAGCAGUUUACCAUGGGUAGUCUGAAGCCAUCCUUUGACUCAGAGGCCACUUUGAAUGAGAGCAAGGCAAAACCAGCUGCAGUAAGGUAA